GAGCUUCGCGCCGGAAGUUGGGCCGCUCUAGCCUAGUUUUUUUUUUUCCCUCUCUGCGCUCUGCCGAGCCCGCGGGAGGUCUGGAGGAGCUCGGGGCGGCUUUGCGGGAUGGCGCUCAACAAGGCGAUGCACGCCCGCAACCGCUACAAGGACAAGCCGCCCGACUUCGCCUCCCUGGCCGCCAAGUACCCGGAGUUCCAGCGGCACGUGCAGGUCAGCCUGGCCGGCAGAGUCAGUGUAAACUUCAAAGAUCCAGAAGCAGUGAGAGCCCUGACCUGCACCCUGCUCAAAGAAGACUUCGGCCUCCAGAUUGACAUCCCGCUAGAGAGGCUGAUCCCCACGGUCCCCUUGCGGCUUAACUACAUCCACUGGGUGGAAGAUCUCCUGGCGAUGCGGGAUCCUGCAGGGAAAGCUGCGGUUGUGUGGGGGAUAGAUAUCGGAACUGGCGCGUCUUGUAUUUACCCGCUGCUCGGGGCCACGUUGAACGGAUGGCAUUUCAUUGCGACGGAAGUGGAUGAUGUCUGUUUCAGCUACGCCAAGAAAAACGUGGAGCAAAAUAAUCUCUCGGACCUUAUCAAAGUGGUCAAAGUGCCCCAAAAGACACUCCUUUUAGAUGCCCUGGAACAAGAGUCGGAAGUUAUCUAUGACUUUUGCAUGUGCAACCCUCCCUUUUUCGCCAACCAGCUGGAAGCGAAGGGAGUCAAUUCCCGUAAUCCCAGAAGACCCCCUCCCAGUUCGGUCAACACGGGAGGAAUCACCGAGAUCAUGGCCGAAGGUGGAGAGCUGGAGUUCGUCAAGAGGAUCAUCCAUGACAGCCUCCAGCUGAAAAAAAGACUGAGGUGGUACAGUUGUAUGCUGGGAAAGAAAUGCAGCUUGGCGCCCUUGAAAGAGGAGCUUCGAAUCCACGGUGUUCCUAAAGUUACCCACACCGAAUUCUGCCAGGGUCGCACCAUGAGGUGGGCUCUGGCGUGGAGCUUCUACGAAAACGUCAAAGUGCCCUCACCCCCUUCCAAGAAAAGAAAACUAGAAAAGCCUCGGAAACCAAUUACUUUCCUAGUUUUGGAGUCGACCAUGAAAGAGUUAGCUAUUAAAGCAUCAUCUCUGGGGCUGGAAGCUUCUGAAGGGACGAAAGCAGUUGCGGCGUGGAUUAAAAAAAUUCUCAGUGACCUGAAGGUCCAGUACAAAUGCAUCCCUUGCGGAAAAGACGAAGUCAGCCUGUUUCUGACCGCUUUAGAGAACUCCUGGAUCCAUUUGAGGAGAAAGAAGAGAGAGCGGGUCAGGCAGCUGCGUGAGCUUCCUCGAGCUUCCGUUGAUUUCCUGCAAGCCCCGGAAGAGAAGGAGAACCCCCAGAAAGAUUCUGGUAAAACCAAAGAGUGUGAAGAGAACGAGGCAGGGAGCAUCAGAAGAGGGUCCCUGGAACUUGAAUCCCCGCAAGGUCUAAAUAGCUCCUCUCCUGUUAAGGAGGGGAACAGCCAAGCCUGUACUGAGGGAAGCGAGGAAGCCAAACCGCCAGCAGUUGCCUCAGCAGGCUCUGAAGAAGCUGGCGGGGCUAAGGAAUCCAAAGCUUUUGGCACUGGCAGCCAGGCCACUGAAGCCGGGCCGCGGGCCGCCAUCUUGAACGAAUGGUUCCUUUUCAAGUGCAUCUUAAACGUGAAGCAAGAAAAGGAGGAUUUCUUGGUCGAGAUGCACUGGGUCGAAGGGCAGAACCGGGACUUGAUGAACCAGCUGUGCACCUACUUAAAGAACCAGAUUUUCCGGCUGGUCGGGACUUGAGUGCUUUUUGCGAGGGAAGAAUGUAGAUGGGACUUAUUUUUGUAAUCUUUGCUCUGGUGUCAAUAUGGUCGAUGAUAACCUUUGCUGUGAAA